AUGGCAGAAAAACAACCUUCAACCGUAAAGGAAGUGGUGAAGAUCCUAGCCGAGGAUGCUCUAAAAGUUGAAAACCAGCGGCUUGCUGACGAGCUUCGUACGGUAAAAAAGGAGCUUCUUGACCUCCAACAAUACAGUCGAACAAAUAAUUUGGAAAUCAAGGGACUCCCACAGAACCCAAACGAAGACCUUGAGACUCUCGUCGCUAAGCUCGCUGGUUGUGCAGGAGUUCAGGCGUGCCCCGCUGACAUUGAUGUUGUGCAUCGUGUACCUUCGAAAACCAUGGUGGGGGUACAAAAUAUGAUUGUAAAGUUUGUGCGACGUAGUGUCAGAGAUGAAGUCUUGUCAAAGACAAAAAAACGAAGGCUUACGAGCGCUCACCUUGGUUUUGAGACCUCUGUGCCAGUUUAUAUAAACGAACAUUUAUGUCUCGAAAACAAAGUCUUGUUGAGCAAAGCGAUCCGCUGCAAAAAGGAAAAGGGAUGGAAGUUUGCCUGGGUGUCCCAGAGCAGAAUUUUCAUGCGAAAAAAUGAGACUAGCGGCGUCAUUUUGAUAACCAGUGAAGACGACCUUUCCAAGAUUGCGUAG